UAGGGGCAGUUCAUUACUUAGGAGUAAAAAUCUUCAUUGCCAUAGUUGGACUUGCUACUCAGGCCCCUGUGGUAUCUUCGGCUAAAUAAAUCUCCUAUUGCUCCUGCCAAUAAUCACCAAUUUGUUCAGAAAACCACUGAUGGGUUCAAGGAAUACGUUUGUAUGAUACCAGCACAACCAACAAUGAAAUUCCUACAUAAAGUAAACCUACUCAUGUGCUCAAUUCUUAUUCUCCAUAUCAUCUCAGGAUGCCAGGCUUUGCCUCCAACCAAAGGGCAUGGCUCAUCUUUAACUCAUGAGGAGGCAGCACCUGAUUUUGAGAUACUGCCUUCUAGUUCUACUGAGCUGUCUGCAGUUUUAUCAGAUAGUGAAAUACUAUUGCAGCCUGUCUCCACUGAUCCAGCUGUUACUUUUACAACUAGUGAAAUGCUGUCAAUGUCUGCUUCAAUGCAUACAUCUAAACCCACAGAUAGCCACAUUUUACCACAACCUAUUUCCAAAGAUUCAACUGAUGCCCUGAUAGACAGUGAAACACAUGCUGCUCCAAUAGUACCAUCUGCUACAUUUAUAACUGGUGAAAUAUUACAGGCUACCUCAAACAAUUCAUCUCCUACUUCUACUGAAAAUGAAAUGUUAUUGUGGCCUAGCAUAACAGCUCAAACUUCUACUCAAAUAGAUGGUUCAGAUACUGAAGCAUUAUUCAUGCCUACCUCAACCAGUCCGUCUUUCAUCACAGAGAGUGAAGUGUUACCCCAGAUGACCUCAGCAGGCCCAUUUGCUGUCAUAGAGAAUGAAGGGUUAUCCCAAUUUACUUUAACAGGCCCAUCGAUCAUCAAGGAAACCGAACUCGUGUCUGAGUCUACCUCAACUGAAAGUGAGAGAUUAAAACAUGAACACAAUGUCAUAACAACGGAGAUUCCAUAUAGCAUUGGCAUAGCAUUGGAAUUUUUGCCAGAAAUGUUUGCCCCCUCUUUGCUCCCAGAUGACUAUUUGGAACAUGACUUUAGUACUGGGACUUCAGACGUUGUUUCAUUUAAGAAUGUCUCUGAACAGCCUACUCUAAAUCAAUAUUUGACUACUACAUCAUUUCAGCCAACUGAUAGUGCUUGGAAAAACAUUUCAUUCCGAGAGGAUAACAUGAUGUCAACAGAUGAAUUUCCAGAAAUAGAAGCAGCAACCACUUCAUCAGUUUUAAUGUCCUCAAUAACCCAGGAAUCAGGUAUAUCAAUCAGAGGGCAAAGCAAAGAAAGUAUGACUAAACCAUUUGGUGGACAACUAGUUGCAGAAGGUGAAAAGUCUUCAGGAAUUGACUUUCUCAAGGAAUUCCACGUACUUUCAUCAGGAGCAGUAGCAGUAAAAGGAUCACAGCUACAUAAUUCAGCAUUCCGACUUAGUCCUUCAUUACAUCUGAGAAAAGAAACUGGACAUGUGUGUCCAAAUGGAAUUCCCUCUGAGUAUUCCAUUAUCGCUACCUUCAGGAUGUUAGGAGAUACCACACAAAGUAUUUGGAAUUUAUGGGAAGUCAAUGACAUAAAUGGAAGAGAGCAAGUUGGCAUUCGUUUUUUUGGAAACUUAAAAUCUUUGGAACUUUUCUACAGAACUUCAGAUAAUAACGUCAUUUCCCGAACAUUCAACAAUGUGGGUAUACUUUUUGAUGGACACUGGCACAAAUUAGCACUGAAUGUAAAUGAAAAAAAGGCCAAAUUGCUAAUUGACUGCACUCAAGCUAGUGAGGUUCUACUUAACGACCAACAUGUGAUAAAUGGAAAUGGUUACACUUCAAUUGGAAAAAGGAUGCUGAGCAAUUCAACUGUUUCACUUGAUCUGCAACAACUAGAGCUGCACUAUGAUCCGGAAAAAGCCUUUUCAGAAGAAUGCUGUGAAUUAUUUGAUCUUGGGGAUAAAGGAGAACAAGGCAUAGCUGGAGAACCUGGAAGGGCAGGGGCUCAGGGUGUAAGAGGUAGCACAGGUUCCUAUGGAAGAGUUGGUGACACCGGGCCUUCGGGUAUAGCUGGAAUAAAAGGAAAUAAGGGAAUAGAGGGAAGACCAGGCCAAAGAGGUACAGAGGGUCCUAAAGGAUAUAAAGGAUUGCAAGGAAGCAUUGGAUUUAAGGGAGUCUCAGGAUCACCUGGACUGAGAGGCCAAAUGGGACUACAAGGUGAAAAGGGAAACAAAGGUGAAACAGGACAUGAAGGCAUAUGGGGAUUACAGGGAGUGAAGGGUGACAAAGGAUUCCCAGGUAUUGAAGGCAAACCUGGCACGAAAGGAACCAGAGGUCUUGUGGGUGAUCCAGGGUUACCUGGUAGAAAAGGUACAAAAGGAAAACUUGGAGUUCCAGGAGCUUAUGGGCUGCCAGGAAAAUCUGGACGUAAGGGAAUAAUAGGAGAUCCAGGCCAACCUGGGCGAGAAGGAGUCCCAGGCAUUGAGGCAUAUCAAGGACGACAGGGUCUGCAAGGACCAAAAGGCAUUAGUGGACUAAAGGGAGAGAAAGGAUUUCCAGGACCACAAGGUAACGAGGGUCCAAUGGGGAAACCUGGACUGAAAGGCCAAAAAGGAGAUACAGGAAUACCUGGCUGGCCUGGAUUUAUUGGAUAUCCUGGAAUUCAUGGUCAAAAAGGAGCCCGAGGAAUCAAAGGACAAAAGGGUGAUACAGGUCCUACUGGAACACAGGGUAUUGAAGGUCUAAAGGGUGAAAAAGGACACAAAGGAUCAAAAGGAGAACCUGGUGAUGAAGGGGAUUCUGGGCCAGAGGGUCUCCCAGGUGAACGAGGGCCUCCUGGCAAACCCGGUAAUCGGGGCCCAGUUGGAGAACAGGGUAUAACUGGUGAUGCAGGCCUGGCUGGAUUGCCUGGAGCUGCUGGACCUCCAGGGCCAAUCUUCCCAGCCAGUCAUGUGAUAGAGGUGUGCAAAAGACUUGUUCUUGAACAAAUAUCACUGUAUGCAAGUUUAGUGAGACGAAAGUGUUCCAGUGCAUGCCCACUUUAUGGUAAUGUUCCAGUGGGACCUCCUGGACCAGUCGGUGAGAAUGGACAACCUGGAAAAUCUGGAAAACCAGGAAUUGAUGGACAGGAUGGAGAGCAAGGCCUUGAAGGAUUCUGUGGAGAACCGGGUGAUCCAGGAUUGCAAGGACCGAAAGGCGAACUUGGAGAGACAGGUGGUCAAGGUUCUCAAGGUGUUGGCCUCCCUGGAUUUAUAGGAGAACAAGGCUCAAGAGGUCAGCGUGGAAAGUCUGGAUUAGGCAUACCUGGACAACCAGGGCAACGUGGACCACGAGGUCAUACAGGACAAAGAGGCUUAAGAGGACAUCAAGGAUAUAGGGGACCUCCAGGUGUGUGUAUUGCAACAGGAUGUGAGUGGAAUAGAAUUUCCAGUGCCCCAGUUCCUAACACUGAAAAUCAAAGCCCUCAGCCACAACACAUGCAGCUACCACAGAAUUUCAUUGAUCAGGAAGAGUAAGUGUAAAUAACAAGAAUAUCUUUAGAAGCAAUUAAACAAAUUUAUUUAAAUAUUUUAGUAUCAAUCCUACUUUCAAAUGCAUGCUAAAAUGUAGAUUUUAAGCUGAAAUGACAGGAAUUAUGUAAUACAGCAGUAAAGCUGUCAUUGUAACCAGUCUGAAAUAAUAAAUUUUUAACAAACAUUC